CCGAGCAGUUGAGUAUAAACUUGUCCUCCAGUUGAGUUAAACGAAAAAAAGGCAUUUUAUACGAGGCACAAACCAAAGUCAUGGCAUCUUUGGGACUUCAGAUUUUAGGAAUUGCCCUCGUGUUUUUCGGGUGGCUUGGAGACAUCCUCACCUGCAUCCUUCCCAUGUGGAGGGUUACAGCCUUUAUCGGCAACAACAUCGUUACGGCGCAGACCAUCUGGGAAGGACUGUGGAUGGCCUGUGUCGUACAGAGCACAGGCCAGAUGCAGUGUAAGGUGUACGAUUCAAUGCUCGCCCUGUCCCUGGACCUACAGGUUGCGCGCGCUUUGGUUGUCAUCUCAAUCUUGGUCUCUCUCAUCGGCAUCAUCUUGGCGGUCGCAGGAGGAAAAUGCACCACUUGUAUUGGGAACAAAAGCGCGAAGGCAAGAGUUGUCGUAUCUGCGGGGGUGUUUUUCAUUAUAGGUGGCCUGCUGUGUCUCACACCUGUUUGCUGGUCAGCGCACACCAUCAUCCGAGAUUUCUUUAAUCCGCUCCUCCCAGAUGCGCAGAGACGGGAACUCGGUGCGUCUCUCUACACCGGCUGGGGCGCAGCGGGGCUUCUUCUCAUCGGGGGCGCCAUACUGUGCUGUCAGUGUACGAAAGAGGAACGAGUGGCCAAAUACCCUGCACCGACAUCAAACUCAAGCAACACAAUGAGCACAGAGAGUUCAAAAGAUCUCCAGGCUGCCCGCGCUCUCGUGAUCAUCUCCAUCCUCGUGGCCUUAUUGGGAAUCCUGCUGGCUGUCGCAGGAGGCAAGUGCACCAACUGCGUUGAGGAUAGAGACGCAAAAGCCAAAGUGGGCGUGGCGGCUGGUGUUUUCUUUCUUGUGGCUGGCGUGCUCUGCCUGAUCCCGGUUUGCUGGUGCGCGCACACUGUCAUCAGAGAUUUCUACAAUCCCAUUGUCAGCGAAGCACAAAAGCGUGAGCUGGGAGCGUCGCUGUUCAUCGGAUGGGGCUCUUCCGGCCUUCUGAUCAUCGGAGGCGCGCUUCUCUGCUGUCAGUGCCCGAAAGGUGACGGUCGUGGUUAUUCCGUGAAGUACUCUGCUCCGAGGUCUGCUGCCAACGGGGGCGCCUAUGUGUGAAAAUUGGGCUUUCUAGACCCGAAAUUCUCCUUUUAUGAAGGGAAGAGAUUGAAUUGUGUGCACUGAUGUUCUUUCAUGAGUUUUUAAAUUGUAAUAAAUGUCUUACGUUUUUAACCUUUUGUUGCUUAAUCUUCUUGACCACGUACUUGUCCUCUGUGAAACAAG